GAACGUAGCUCCAUAGCGCGGCGCUCAGACUGAGGAGGGGGCGCUCUCUGCCGCGCCGCAGCCGCUGUUGCAGCGGGCGGGGGGGCUUCCUCAGUGGGCAUGAAUACAGUUUGGGUCAAGCUCAUCCUCUGCUGCCGCUGCUGCUGUGAUUUCUCCCGCCUCCCGCCUCAUCGCAUUCCAUAAAGUCUUCACGGAGGGAUUUGGUGAGGAGGGCGCAUCCGCGCGGGACGCAGGUUCCGCAGCCCCCGCGCGCGUCUGACGCGCGGCCAUGAAGCUGUCGGUUAUUUGUCUAUAAUAAGAGGCUAAUUUACAGAAGGCCUGCAGUCAGCGCGGCUUCUGCUGGCAUUUCUCCGCUGCAUCAACACGGGAGCUCGAAUCUCCGAGGAAAAGAGCCGCUAAGAUGAGGAGGAUGCCGACUCCCUUCUGCCGUCGUCUGCAUGGUUUCUGGAGAAGCUGGUGCCAACUCAAGUUCUCCUUUCACUGACGGGAAGAAAUUGGUCUAGGAUGCGGUCGCUGAAGAAGACCGUGCUGUUGGCCAUCCUGGUGUCCGUGGUUCUGGUUCUGGCUCUCCUCCAUUCCUGGCCCGCUCGGGCUUACACCACGGUGGAUGUGUGGCAACAGCUGGCGCCAGUCGUAGAAAGACACGUCGAGGAUCGACUUCCACUACUAGACCGCCAGUUAAGCAAUAUCCCUUUUCACGUGAAGGAGAGCGUGGCGAGCUUGUUGCCUCGUAACGGGUGUGUUUGUGAGGGUGAAAGUGGAGGAAUCAACCUUCCUUUUGUCCAACUCUUGUUCCCACGGGUCUCUGCUCACCCUCUGCAUACUGCCUUUAACGCCUCUGACUUGGGGGAGAUGAAGACACGCCGGGCAAAAGAGUACGAGAGCUUUCAGAGACGGUUUAAGACGCCGGCAGAUGUUCUCUUGAUUGCAGAGGCCAACAGUCCUUUACAAUAUCCAACACAGGGGCUGGAGGUACGGCCUCUGAAAACGACCAUCAUCCCAGGCCUGGCCUUACAUGACGUUCCCAGAGAUCUUUACACGGUGAGCCUCACCGCCACGCUGGGGACCAUCAACGUUGCGGCGGAGGUAGACGCGGUGAAAAUCAAAGGGGACGGCGAGAUGCACAUGAGCCUGUCGAGCAGCCUGCUGCCCAACCUGAACCGGCAGCUGCAGUUCGUCACCUACACCAACACGCUGUUCCAUCCCAGCACUAUAGACACGGUGCAGUUUGAGACUGAGGGCCAUCAAGCUGCUUUCAGCAUCAAGAUCCGCCACGGUGUGACACCAAAACUCUACAACACCGGCUCUGUAGGAGAAUAUAAUGUCAGCGCUCUCGUGACCAUCGCCACAAAAACGUUUCUGCGUUACGAAAAGCUUCAGAACCUCAUUGACAGCAUCAGGAAGUUCUACCCUACAGUCACCAUCAUCAUCGCUGAUGACAGUGAAAACCCUCAGAGCAUCUCUGGGCCUCACAUUGAACACUACAUCAUGCCCUUUGGAAAGGGUUGGUUUGCUGGGCGAAAUCUGGCCGUUUCCCAGGUGACCACAAAGUACGUACUGUGGGUCGACGAUGACUUCAUCUUCACGGCCAACACCAAGCUGGAGAAACUUGUGGACGUUUUGGAAAGGACCACGCUGGAUUUGGUGGGGGGUGCGGUGCAGGAGGCCACAGGAUACACCGCCACCUACAGGCAGACCAUCUCCAUUGAGCCGGGAGAGGAAGAGGGGGACUGUUUGCACUUGAGGAGAGGCUUUUAUCACGUCAUCCAAGGUUUCCCGAACUGCGUGGUGACCGAUGGGGUCAUUAACUUCUUCCUGGCUCGAACAGAGAAAGUCCAGCAGGUCGGAUUCGACCCGCGUCUUGCCAGAGUAGCACACCUGGAGUUUUUCAUCGAUGGCCUUGGAUCUUUACACGUGGGCUCCUGUGAUGAUGUCAUCGUCAAUCACGCCACCAAAAUCAAACUCCCCUGGGUCAGCCAGUCUGAGAGCGACAAGACUUACGCCAAGUUCCGUUACCCGCCCGCCUCCUCCGACGCCACACGCACGAAAAACGGCCUGCUCUUCUUCAAAAACCGCUUUCAGUGUUUAACUCACAAUUAGUCGUGCAUCUGCGCUGCAUCCUGACGCUCUCCCUGUCCUUGUUGAGUUGCCAAAGAAGCUGCCCUCUGCCUCCUCCUCCGGUCGAGAAAGUCUUUCUUUCAAACGUUGGGAUGGUUUCAAAACUACUUUAACAAUAUUGUUGAUGCUCUUCUCCAAACAAAAGCAUGAAAAUCUGUUUAGCUGUUUAUAUCCCACUAAUCUCGUAUAACAAUUAGGACCUAAGACAAAAGUAUUUAAGGAAGGUCACAUGGUAGCGUUUACACAGCCGCUGUGUUUUCUGUCAUCCUACCGUCUUGUAUUUGUUCUAAAGGGUAGGAACCCAAAAGGGGGCGUGUACUAUUUCAGGAGGAGGGACUCUAUUUGUCCAGGAUGACAAGGCACUUUUCUGGGAAGCGACAAUCCUGUUUUCUAAAACUCCACAUCGUUUUAGCCUCUGUAUCCUGUAUCCACUCUAAAGUUGACCUCAUCCAUCUGGGAUUGUCUUGUGAUGGAGUCUGGAAGCCUCGGUUGGCUGCUGUCCGCCACGGCUCAGCAUCUUCAGUCCGCUUCUGCAGCAGCAGACUGGUGAACGACAGGAACCGCUGCCUAAAGUGUUGCCUCAAAGAAGCGUCUGAAUGAACCAAAGUGCACGAUUUAUUUCCAGGCAAUAAAAGAGAUGAGUAAGGGAAAACAAGAGUGGUGUCAGAGGAAGAAGCAGGUCAUUAUUACGUCUGUUGAAUAGCAGAAAAUGUUUCUGAAAAGUUCAUUUGAAUUUUUAAUUUGAAGAUGUUUUGCCUCUGAUUCAAGAAGUUCUUUGAAUUCUACAUUAAACUUGUGAAAGAUCAAAUUUUCCUUGAACAGCAAAAACGGCCCCUCAGAAAUAGUUCUGACCCCAUCAGCAGAUUUUCUUUUGACAAACAAAAUAUCUGCCAAUAGGGUUAACUUUUUUACUUGGAAGACAGAAAAAAGGACAAUUUUUCUUAAAACAAUUUCACGAGAUUCAACUUUUGCCUCAAACGAUUAUUUUAAUAGUCGACUAAUCGGGUCAUGUUGUGUGAUGGUCGUGCUCGAUGUAGGAAAGUUCGAUUUUCUAAAUGUCUUGUAGAGAGACGUGAUUUCUUCUGAGACUGUUUCCCUCAGCAGAGACACUUUGUUCCAAUGAGGUUGAGGUUGGGGAUGCACAGAAAACAUUUAGCUCGCCUUGACACUGUGGAGAAACGCCAACUCAGGUGCCACAAUUAGGGCUGCCAAGAAUGGUUGAUUAGUCGUCGACGGAUCGACUAUUGCAUAUGUCGUUGGCUAUUUCAAUAAUUGAUUGGUCGUCGACCAAUUGACUAAUUCAAUAGUCAAUUAGUUGUUGACUGUUUCAACAGUUGAUUAGUCGUCAGCUAAUCGACUUUUGUAUUUGUCGUAGGGUAUUUCAAUAGUUGGCUGGUCGUUGACCAAUCAACUAUUGAAAUGGUCGAUUAGUCAUCGACCAUUUCAAUAGUUGCUUGGUUGUUGACCAAUCGACUAGUUCACUAGUUCAUUUGUCGUUGGCUAUUUUAAAAGUCUAUUAGUCGUCAACUAAUCAACUAUUGCAUUUAUUUUUGGCUAUUUCAACAGUUGAUUAGUUGUUAAAUAUUACAAUAGUUGAUUGGUCAAUCAACUAUUAUCAACUUUGCAUUGUCACUGGCCAUUUCAAUAGUCAAUUAGUCGUCGAUCCAUUUAAUAGCUGAUUGGUUGUUGACUAAUCGGCUAUUGCAUUUAUCGCUGGCUAUUUCAAAAGUCGAUUAGUCGUCAACUACUCGACUUUUGUAUUUGUCGUAGGGUAUUUCAAUAGUUGGCUGGUUGUCGACCAACUUACUGUUUCAAAAGUCGAUUAGUCGUCAACUAAUCAACUAUUGCAUUUAUUGUUGGCUAUUUCAAGAGUUGAUUAGUCGUCAAAUAUUACAAUAGUUGAUUGAUCGUCAGCUAAUCAACUAUUGCAUUUGUCAGUGGCCGUUUCAAUAGUCAAUUACUCGUCGACUAUUUCAAGUGGACUAAUCGACUAUUCGUGGCAGCCCCAAGUCUUGCACAGAGGAGUUGGACUUGAGUUGAAAAUAAAAACAAUAUUCUUACUUCAUCUCGUCUGCAUAAAUAAAAGCUAAAUAAAAUAAUGAUGAAAACAAAGACCUGAGUGUUCUCGGGUCACAUAGACCUGUGAGUCUAUAGAAAGCCAUGGUCAGGAUCGUUCUGAGUCCGUGUCCUCAGCUGGAGUGAGAGGAUGAGGGAUCGUUCUUACCCUCAUUAACCCUUUCAGGUGUCGGGGAUCUGAUGAAACUGGUUUGUCCUGCUUGGGUUUCAGGAGUCUGUUGUGGAUUGAUGAAAGGACUCUGGGAGUGGUUUGUGCUCUUCACAUGGAGGUGCACUGCAGACAGUGGUGUCAUUAUAACCUAUUGUUGUUUGUCAAACAAUCCUCACACAUGAGAAGUGGAGAGAGUGAGUGUGACGUCUCCCAUAGAGCACGACUUAGCUCCGGCUCACUCCAGAUCCUGAGCACCACAUCAACGGACUCCCAGGUCUAUGGGACUCACUUCAUCUUCAUCAAGUCCAUCUCCUCCCUCCCAGGAACCCAUUAAAACUUCUUAUUUUACCUGUUUCAUUUAGAAUUGAAACAGUUCAUUUAGAAUGAGAGGUAAAUCAUCUUCAGCUCCAAAACACUGAAUCCAUUUUUUGAAACUUUUUCUGCUCUACAACUGUUCUGGAUGAAGGAAAUGUCAAAAAAAAUCCAUCAGGCUGAGAAGUUACCGAGUGAAGCUUAACUGAUCAGGAAGUUUGAUGAUGUGAUGCCUGAAGGAACAACACUGAGGUUUUGUUUGUGGCCUUUAGGUGGCGCCAUUUCAACGAGUAUUUCUGUCCUACCUGCUUAGAAACUGAUUUUUUAAGUUCAAAACAAGGCUACUGACAUUAUUCACGUUUGUUUUAAGGGAAUAUAUGCUUGUGAUUCUUCUUGUUUUUGUUUUGAAACAUAUGAUGUGAGACCAAACAGCGCUGCUGUCAUUUCAGACGUUUGCGUCCAUUUUAUAUUCCUCAGUUUGUUUUAAUAAUCUGCUGAAAAUGUCUGAUCCUGAACUGAAUUUAAUUUAUUUUAAGCACUUACGUUCAUUGUAGCAACAAAAUAUUGCCUUUAACUGCUUGACUCAACAUCAAAAACCACUUAAUAUUAGGUAUUGAUCACUAAACUAUAAAGCAAUGUGUUAAUUUAUAAUCUCUGUUUCAUGAAAUAAGUCUGUUUGCAGGAGAAGAUCUGCACCUUUUCUUCACAUCCCUGUCUGUGCACCUCCAGAACACAUACGGUUCUAAAUAAUUAACCACAUUUAUUAUGGUUUGAUCUUGUGAAAUGAUUCAAUGAUUUAAUAACCAUAACAUAGGUAAAAAGGUGAAUUUUCUUGGGGGUUCUGCCUCAGAACAGCGAUGGUUGCAUCCCAAACUCCAAACACAUCAUCUCUUUUAGAAACGAGGCAGCUAAAUCACUAAAAAAUAAUAAUUGUCACAUAAAACUAAACCUGCAUAAACUAAAGAUGUAUCCUUGAGCAGCUCAUCUUCACCUGGAGAUCAUUUCACUGUAUUCAUAACCACAAUCACGAAUGAUGAUGAAUAAAACACUUGGCUAUUUGUGGUUUUA